GGAUGAUUGUGGACGGAAUGGUAGAGCCCCACUUGAACUACAUCUACUGGACUGAAAAAGAGUACAACGUCCCUGGACUGUUGCACCUGGAAAAGGGCAGCGCCCUAUCCAGACGGCUCGGAGAUGAAAUAGUGAGCUUCUACUUUGGAAACGGGCCGAUAUCCAGAGACACGCACUUGCGGCAGUUCUACGACAUAACCACCGAUAAUUCGUUCCUCAGGGGCAUUUUCAGUUCGGUCCAGCAUCACCUGCGCACCUCCAACUGCCCCAUCUACAUGUACCGGCUGUCUCUGGACUCAGACCUAUGCUUCUACAAGCGCAUGCUGGGCAUUGAGCUACCGGGCGUUUGUCAUGCUGACGAGAUCGGCUACUUGUUCUCCACCCUACUAACUUCCGCUCCAGAAGCUGGAAGCGUGGAAGAUGUUGCCCAGAGGCGCAUGUGUCGGCUCUGGGCCAACUUCGCCAAGUACUCCAAUCCGACUCCGGUUCUGGAUCCGCUACUGGAAAUCACUUGGCCUCCAGUCGCCGACCAUCAGAACGUGGCCUUUCUGGAUAUUUGCCAGGAACUGAAGGUGGAGUUCGAUCCGGAACCCGAACGCAUGAAGUUUUGGGAGCGGAUUUACUCGGAGGGUUUACUUGUUUCGAAACUAUAAAAGGCAAAUUUGGG